AUUGGUCAAACGAAGUGGUCACUUGUCUACGCGUUGCCUGGAGAGGCUGUCUCGGACCACUACGCAGCAAUUGUUUUUUGCUGCGCCUUCAGUAAACGAAGCCCUCCUCAUACCCGGUCCCAGCAGCUUCUUCGGCUAUGAGCAACACCGGUCAGCAGUCGCUGCCACUAGCCACACAUGCAUCCCUAGUCUCGACCGCAGGGCCUGCGCCGUCCCAGAGCAAUAGUCGCCCUGUCCACCCCGAUUUAUUAGGUGCGCCAUCGAUACCCCCAAGGACGUCUUCCAGCAACCGGAGUCACCAUGGUUCUGGGGAGAGAGGAUCUGGGUCGCGACACUCGAAGAAAAAGGACGAUCGAAAUCACGGCGGAGCCGACCGAAACGCGAGUAGUCGUGAAAGGAAGGAAUCGUCACGGGGUGCAGGUGGAUCGGGACAAGCGGCGUCAUCGUCUGCCGCCAACAUGGAGACCAUUCCUGGCCAAGGGACAUUGGUGAAAGAAUCGAGCACCGUGAUAAACCAGGUCUUGGUGAGCGAUCCUGCGGUGGACAUUGAGCGCGAGCAAGUGCGCCAAACAGGAACACCGGUUUCUGAACCAACCCCUGCUCCUGUUGAGGAUGCUCCGGCACCCGGGUUGACAUUGGUGGGGAGCGAUGGCGUGGACGACGGAGGUCGCGGCGGGCUGCGCAGUCGACACGAUUACAACGGAAACUCCGUGAAGCGCAAGGAAACAACGUUUGGCCAAUAUAUCCUGGGACAAACGCUGGGAGAAGGUGAAUUCGGAAAGGUCAAAUUGGGCUGGAAGAGAGAUGGUACCAUCCAAGUUGCUAUCAAGCUCAUUCGAAGAGAGUCACUGGGAUCGAAUCCCAGCCGGCUGCCCAAGAUCUACCGUGAAAUCUCGAUUCUGCGCGACCUAUCCCACCCCAACAUUGUUCGCCUGCAUGAAAUGGUCGAGACUGAUCGUCACAUCGGAAUUAUCAUGGAAUACGCUUCCGGAGGUGAACUUUUCGACCACAUUUUGAACAACCGCUACCUGAAGGACAACUCUGCUCGACGGUUAUUCGCUCAAUUGGUGUCCGGUGUCGGUUAUCUGCACAAGAAAGGUAUUGUUCACCGUGAUUUGAAGCUUGAGAACCUUUUACUGGAUCGGAAUCGCAACAUCAUUAUCACCGAUUUCGGCUUUGCCAACACUUUCGACCCGGUUGAUAAACUUGAGGAAGAGAUUGAGUAUAACCUGACCAAUAAGGACUAUGUGAGGAGGAUGCGAUUGGACAAGCCCAAUGCCAAGGGAUUGAGGCGGGGCGAUUUGAUGCAGACCAGCUGCGGAAGUCCCUGUUACGCAGCACCAGAACUCGUUGUGAGCGACUCGUUGUAUACAGGACGCAAGGUCGAUGUUUGGAGUUGCGGUGUUAUUCUGUAUGCGAUGCUGGCUGGCUAUCUACCAUUCGACGAUGACCCAGCAAACCCCGACGGUGAUAACAUCAACCUGCUCUAUAAGUACAUUGUCACAACGCCUCUGACCUUCCCUGAAUACGUCACUCCCCAUGCGCGCGAUCUUUUAAGGAGGAUAUUGGUACCAGACCCGCGAAAACGUGCGGACCUUUUCGAGGUCGCCCGUCACAGCUGGCUCAGUGAGUUCUCACACGUUGUGUCUCACAUUACAAGCAGCACGACCAAGAUUUCGGAGAUUUCCAAUUCCACGGUACCACCCGAAACUGUCAAAGAAGCCCCAGCCCUCGCGCGUAGUGCCUCUGUCAGGGAGCCUCCUAAGCCUUACCAAAAUUCGGUUCCUUCGGUUGGAGGACUAAGCCACCAAUCUGGCGAUAUUUCUCAAGACCAACCGAGCGAUCGAUCCAAGACUCCCCGAGAUACCAAACGGAGAACAGUUCAGGUCGAGUAUGUUGCUCCUCAGUCUCAGACCACCCGAGGGGAAACACCGAGUGGUGUGGACUCUACUCCCUCGGACCCAUCCGCAACUGGAGCUGUGCACACCCGAACACGCUCCAACAGUCAGGCUGCCAACCCGCAAGCAGGCUUCUUGCCACAAGAGAUGUCCGUGGGUCUCAGCUCAUACGCCGGUGAUCUCAACUCCAAAGCACCUGUUUCUAGCGGCCCGGCACCGGCACCUUCAACAGGGCACUUGCCUCGCUCAACAUCCGACUCCCUCGCAGGGACCUCAUUGCCUCAAAGUACGCGGCCGGCCACUGGUGGGUCCAUGGCUUCGUUCAAUGCUGGUCGUCUGCCGUCGAGAGGUUCCUAUGGACAGCCCGUGGCACCUACAGUUGCAGCCACCAAUGCCCAGGGCCGGCUUGCGCAGCCAAAGAGCAAACCAUACGUCAUAUCUGCACCGAUUCCUCAAGACCCUGCAGAACAAUCACCUACGAGCAUUGGCCGCCCGAGUGCACAGCAGCUUCCGUCCAAGUUCCAUCCGACUCCCCACCAGGAACCUCCCAAAGGCCACAAGAGAUCCAAUACCGUCUCUGGCAUCAGCGAAAAGUUGUUUGGGCGAUCUGGUUCGAUCUUUGGCGGUCGCGGUUCGCAAAGUGCUCCUCGCCAAAAGUCGGGCAAGCGCUAUCCUCCUACUAGCAUGAGAGAUCCAUUCACAGGAGAAGAAACGAGAGCUUCUAUGGACUCGCGGCGGUCAAUCCAAUAUGGCAACCGCAAAAACAGCGAGGCUGGAGAGGGCAGGUCCCGUCGAUUCUCACUUCUACCGGCAUCGUUCUCGUUGAAGGGCUUUUCGACCAGCAGGUCGCAAACUCCGGAUGAGGAUUCGCAAGCAAGUCGCUCCACAGACAACCGUGUCCAGAACCGCCCAUCGACGGGAGCCAUCCGGCCUCGUGCCCGCGCCACGAGCUACUCGACACAAGAAGCGAUGGGAAUGGUGUCAGAGGGUCCGGCAGAUGAGGUGAUAGUGCAAGAUGAGCCUGUCAACUACCAGGCUCGUAUCGACCAGCAGUUUGAGGCCUUGCACGGAACUCAAUCGAGCAAUUAUCCCCAGAAUACGACAUACAGCAGCGCUUCGGCCGAGCAGGUGUAUCAAAGUGACCAAGAUCACUACACCCGUCCUCAUUACCAAAAUCACUCGGCGCCCAAUUACUACGACGAAAACGACGGUGGCUACGACAAUGUGCCUCGGCAGUCGAUGCAAGCCGGUCGAUCCAGGAGAGGACCUGGAGUGCUACAGAAAAACAACCGCAAAUUCGCCGACGCAUACGAGUAUGAGCGGGAUUUGGCACAUCACCCUGGCAGCUCUGGGGCGGCAAGAAAAGUCAUGGACUUCUUCCGCCGCCGGGCCAAGUCCAGGGCCGGUGAUGAGCGGUAGAUCCAGACCGAAUCCCGGUCGGAUUAAUUAUUUUAUUUCAUCUUGGUAGUUUGUACCAACGAAAGGGAGCCAGAGUCGGAUGAUUCUGGUUUGAUCCUUUUCAGCAUCACCUUUUUACUUCUUCGGGAAUUGAAAACAUGGAAAUGUUG